AUGAGACGAAAAAAGGCGAUUGAAAAGGCGAAACAACAACGGUUACUUUUCCUGCAAAUUCUCACCACAAUCUUCGUGGUUGAAGUUAAUUCUGAUGACAGGGGUGGCAGUUUUCACAGAUUGGUGCCCACGAUGUCCAAUAUCUCCAUAAAGGAAACCACUUUCCUUUGUGAUGCAGCGGUUCAGAAGAAGUUACAGAGAAAUAACUUCUAUAAAGUCUGUUUGCAACGAACAGAACUUUAUUCGUUUCUCUCUAAUUAUCUUGCAAAUCUACUGUUCUUCUACUGGAGAUUUAGGAUUUCUCUGCGAUUCAUGGCAGACGGUAUACGAAGAGCAAUGCAAGAUAUCGAUUUGGGUUUCAAUAAUGCUCCUUUUGUUCUCCCGGCCGAAGUAGUUCGGCAAGCGGCUGAGGAGAAUAGCUUCAUCCUCAUUGGCAGACCAGUGAUGCCAAGGCGUCAGAACCUUCGUGCGAUUGUCGCUACAAUGCCUCGUAAUUGGGGUUUUGAAGGGAUUGUUCGCGGUCGAGUCACUGAAGGAAGGAGAUUUCAAUUUGUGUUUCCCUCGGAGGAGGCUUUGGAGACUGUUCUUCGUAGAGGACCAUGGGCCUAUGCGGAGAGGAUGCUGGUGUUACAGCGGUGGACGCCGUUGAUGGAUAUGGAGUUACUCAACUUUAUUCCUUUUUGGAUACAAGAUCGUGGGAUCCCCUUCCAGUACAUGAACCGUGAAGUCAUUGUGAACAUUGCAAGGCUCAUGGGUCAGUACAUCCAAAUGGAUUACAAUGAGGAAGUGGGAGGAAGACAAGAGUUUGUGAGGAUCAGACUCAACUGGAAUGUUGCGCAUCCUGUUUGCUUCCAACAACAUUUCCGAUUCACACUGGGCGUUAACACUCUCCUUCGGUUCAGAUUUGAGCGAUUGAGAGGUUUCUGCGAGGAAUGUGGCAUGCUCACUCAUGAUUCAGGAGCGUGUAUCAUCAACAAUGGGGGCAUGGAGCAAGGUGGAGGUGAUGAUGAUGGCGACAAUGAUCAGGAUGAUGAUGCGCCAGCACCAAAUCACGGUGUGAUUAUUGAGGAAAUUCACGAAGAGGAGGCAAUGGAAGAGGAAGUUGUGGCUGAUCCAGUUCAAAAAGAGUAUGGGAACACAGAGGUUAUGGAGACAGAGGCAGAUGAUGAAGAAUUAUGA